CGAUUGCCCAUUGUCGGUCUCCUCAGAUCCAGAAACUUUUCGUUAUCUACGCGCUCGCGCAUUAUUGACACGUGUGGCAUUUGACCUCACGUCGGUCGUGACAGCGACACUUGCACAGAUGCACGGAAUCCUGGACGCGUCAUGACGGCGUGCAUCGAGAGCUGCCGAAAUGUCCAAAUCACUGAAACAAACCAAGGUGCAGAAGAUAUGCACCCUGUGGACUCAUGACGAGAACUUCUCCAGGGACGACAUUGUCUUCAACAGCGACAAAUUCCCUGAACUCCCAACUACACCGGGGACUUUGCUACAAAUCGUGGCCAUCAACACGGGUACAUCCGUACGAGACUUCUCAUCUACCACCAAGGUCCCAUCACAUGACGCAGCUCAAGUGAAAGCGGAGCCUUUGUCCAAGGACGCUAAUGACACCCAAUCAAGAAAGAGUCGGAGAGGAUCUUUCUCGAGGACCAUUGAUGAGCACGGAUCUGUCGUCCCAGGCGGUCACGAUGUUGACACGGAGAAAAUUUACAUCUUCGCCUUGAAGCCACUUCCGCAGGAUCUAAAGUCGAAACACGCGAAUUUGCAAAUCUCAAUAGCCGAGAAGAUCGCUAAAGUCUUUGGGUUCCGGAAUCGUACGCAGGUCAUCAUUACUGAGGCUGAUGAAGCUAGACAUGAAGCCCACCAUGUUGAGCUUGUGUUCCGUGACGAAUACCUAGCGCGAGCGGACAUGUGGCGUAUGGCCAUAGCAGAACUCAGCAAACGAACAGUUUAUCGUGGCCAAAAGGUCCUGUUCAUGGGCACAAUCAAAGCCACUGUAAAGCAGAUUUACAUUGAUGGACAGUCUGUUCAUUCCGGGUACUUUUCGCCAACGACCAAACCAAUUUUCCGCAGUGAAUCUGCUCGAUUUGUCCUAUUCAUCCAGAUGUCCAGGGAGAUGUGGGACUUUGACGCCGAGGGAGCCGGCGAGAUCAUGUUCAACAAAGUCGUUAGCGGCUUCCUUCCUGACUUGUUCAAAAGAUGGUUGAGGAUCAACGCGAAGCAUGUCGUCACGAUUAUCCUGUUUACGCGCAUGCAAUACGAUGGAGAGGUUGCGAUUGAUCGUCCGGACGAAACGACCAGCCAGGAUAAUGCAGAACCGAACGCAGGCAACUUUAGGGACUACUAUCGAGUCGUCGUGAGUGAUAUGGCUAGUGGAGACUGGAUCAAGAUUUUGCAUCAGUUGAAACUCGAGUUCCGGACGUUUCUCCGGGAAGUAUCGCUGGUGUCGAAGCCGAUGAAAGAGGCCAUCGAUCCAUCAGGCGACGGACACGAAACGCAACUGUCAGAGGCAAAUACCAUCAUUGCCGGCAAGCCAUCGUCUGCUAGCCAAGGGAACAUCCUCGAGGCCAUCAACCUAGCGGCAGCGCAAUUCGCACAAGACCACAUUGACCGGGACUUGGUCAGGACUGGCAUAUCGGUGAUUGUGAUCACUCCUGGGACUGGCGUUUUUGAGGUCGAUUACAACAUGCUGAAGCUGACAACAGACACGUUGAUCGGUUCUAGCAUAGGCAUCGACCUAGUGUGUUUAUCACCCAUGCCUCUUCACUCAGUCCCACUUUUCAAAUAUCGAACCCCUUCGCUAGUGUCAGACUCCGCAACUGGUCAUAAGAAAGGUACUUACGGGUCAGUGGAAGUUACAACCGAGUCUGAUGAGAAAACCCCGAAGCAAAUCCAGCCCAACUUCGGCUCGAUACCUCACAUAGACCUUGUCUCUUCUCUCUCUGAGAUUAGCGGUUUGACUGCUCCAACACCAGACGCAACACAUGAUUGGAAGUUCGCAAUGCCAUAUUGGGUAGAUAUUUCCUUCUGGUCCAGGCCGUCAGACGAUAUGCUCGAGUCGACCAAGGCAAGGACUGCAGACAGAGUCAUGAAACGUUAUCAUAAGAAACGUCGAACCUUUGCUCUGAGAUGUCGUCUUUACGAGUUGCAGAUGAUGGGUGUUAUUGAGAAUGAGCUUGGUGACAUCUCGUUGCCCUAUCUGGAGGAAGAGCACAGCUACCCGCGCGGGCCUGAAGAGGCUGAAGAAGAUAGAGCUCAUAUAACAGGCGUAGCUUUAAACAUUGCUACCAAUACCACCGGGUCAUUCUCCUCUAAAGGUGACCGAGACUAUCUGGACCCGAAGAAGACAACGUACAAGGCGUGGAUGGAGGAGUACGACAACGGUAUCUUCUCUCUUGCAAACAGACCGGGUUUGAAUGAACAGCGGCUGAGCAGCAAAGAAAGAACGCAAGGAGACCCGCAGUCGAAUGCACCGUCAGGGCCGCUAAAAGACUCCUUCCUGUCGAGUUCUUAUCGGAGUAGUCGGACAGCAAUGGGACGGCAUGCGCGACUGUCUCCAGAUAUGACUAUGCAUCACGCUCCACAUGUCAGGUUGAGAGGCACAGAAGAACACUCUCCUUCCAGUAACACCCACCACUAUCCGGAGAGUGGGCCGUCAGGCGUUCCAAGAGCUGAUGUGCUGCGGCGACAGAACCUCUUUGGACACGCCACGGCUGACAGCCCCCGCCCCAACAUGCAUCGUCGAGGUCGCUCUGGCGAUUCGAAUGUUAAUCAAAAAUUGGUUCAUACUACUCCGAACCAGUCGCCUGCACCGAGCCGAGGUCACUCUCCACCAAGGAGGGCUGGCUUGCCCCCAGUCCCUGUCUCUGCUAGUCUAGCGCCAGUGAAAGAGCUGCUCAAACCUCGACCUUCGAACUGGUUCUUGAGACAGAUUAGUUUCGGUGGCAAGGCCGCGCCAGCCAAACCGACCUUAGGAGACGCCACUACAGACAUCACCCAAGGCAAUGUGAAACCUGCUAUGCUUACAGUGGAGAAGAGCCAGAAGGGUGCGAUUGCAGAGCGGCUAGCAAGCACCAGGUUGAGCUCAACCGAGAAGCCUUCUCAGCCGAUUGCAAUCCGUUCAUCUUCUCGUGCUGGACUCUCGUCUACGGGCUCGCCAUCUCCUGACCAAAGCGGUCACUCCGUUGAAACCGUAAGAGACCUGCGAACACGGCACACUUCAGUACCGUCUCAUCCAAACUCGGUCAAAAAAGAUCCAGGAUCGACGUUCCUCAUCGCUGGCAAGGGUGACGCGAAGCCGAACCUAGGUCUCUCAUCAAGUGGAGGGGCCAAAGACGCACCGAAAACGCUGUCCCCGACCAGUGCAAUUGCACCAUGGGCCGUCCUGGUGAAUCCUUGUAAUCCAAAGAAGAACGUUCUAAACACCAUGAACCAGUAUCGCCGAUGGCACCAUGUUUUCCCUCGGACUUUACAAACCGGGACUGUGAAAUGGAGGUCGCUUUGUUCGCCUGCGGCUGUGCCUCUGACUCACGAAUGGUUCCCAACUGCAGAGCAGCUCUCAUCAGAGUACAACGAAAGUCCAUAUAAAAUCACUCAAAACGAUGACGACGAAAUGUUGGAAGCUACUAGAGGCAGAGAAACACUCAUUCGCGAACUUGUUGCAUUUCGGCUAUCACAUGGAUUUCAGAUUUGCACAGGUUCUGCAGUUGCAGAAUUUUCUGGUAGACAAGAGAAGUUGUUGGCCAGUACCUUAUCACCCGAGUAUAUGGCCUCGGAUGGAGAUACGGUAUUCAUGACUGCCGGCACUAGUAUCCAUCAGUUGGUAUGCAUUGCUGGUGGUGAAGUGGAGGUGAAGCGUUACCAUCGAAAGCCAACCACAGCGUUGGAGUCUUCAGCAGGCAUCGACACGCCGUUUCCUUACAGACCGUAUAUCCGAACUGCUUUCGAGCCAAUGUACGACCCACGGGACAUCGUUUUGCGCCCACCUCGUAAGGAGUAUAACUGGAAUUUCAUCGACACCUUCCUUGCCGGAUAUCAAGACGAGUUCUCAGAUGUCUUACGGUUCUGGAGAGCACGGUUCGUUCUGAUUCCAGUCGAGAUACCUUCCGUGAGCCGGCGUCCGCUGCCUAUGCUCGCUGAAGAUUCGGAAGAGGAGAUUCGAUUGGAGGGAAUUAGGAAGCUCACGCAGUUAUGGCAAAGAUAUCGUUACUUCCCUCCAGAGGAGCGAUUUCCACAGAGCACAGCCUCUUCGAAACAGAAAGACCCUAACCCUCUUGCUAUCGAGUAUCAUACCCGCGAUCCUUCGGCGGUGGUCGCAGCGGGUCCUGUCAACACUCUAUACAAUUGUUCGGAUACUGAGCUACCGGGUUCAAUAGUUUCAGACGCAGACAAAUACUUCACAUCGACCAUCAACCUCAAGAAGCUCGCCGAGGACCUGCAAGGUGAGAAAGGCAUACAAAUGCUCGAUCGGCGCUGGCACUGGAAGCUGCAUUACAAUUGUUUCAUCGGCUUUGACCUGACCAACUGGUUGUUGAACAACUUCAAGGAUAUCGACAGUCGCGAAAGUGCAAUUGAGUUUGGCAAUCAACUGAUGGAGAAAGGUUUGUUUCAGCAUGUUCAACGAAGGCACCACUUUCGCGACGGCAACUUCUUCUUCCAGAUUGCAUCUGAGUAUCGGGCUCCGAGACCAGAAUCGCGUGCCGGCUGGUUCGGCUUGCGUAAGGCUGACAAGUCUGUUCCGUCAACACCUUUGUUUGAAGGACCAAGAACUUCGCCGCUUACGACCAAAGGCAUGAUGUCCAGACCAAGCACAGCAGAAUCGUCUUCCAAUGCUUCUGAUUCAGCAAAAGGAGGCGAGAAGACACCCACACGAGCGGGUGCCGCCAAAAGAAAGGUCACAUUGUCGCGCGCAAUGCGCUACGAUGUUGACCCAAGAAAACGUUCAUACCGGCCAGAGAUCAUCUCGCUGCAUUAUGACCUUGUCCAUAACCCAGAUAACUGCUACCACAUUCGUAUCGACUGGAUGAACGUUACUGCGAAGCUCAUCGAGGAUGCAAUCGUUACUUGGGCUACUAGCGUCGAGAAGUACGGCCUCAAGCUUGUCGAAGUUCCCAUUGCCGAACUUGCCAACAUCACCGACUAUCACCCGUUCCGUUCACCAUACCACAUCAAACUUGCGAUGCAGCCUCCACAAAACCAUACGGAGGCGAUGUGGGACUCGAUGCACUUCUCGCCACAGUACUCAAGAACCGACAGAUUCGCAUACCACAAAGCGUUGCUAAGGAAGCUCGACUUUGUACUCGACAUGGAAGCUGCGAGUGCGUUUCCUUCUGACAUUGACGUCUCCUACUCGUGGGGUAACCCUGACUAUAAAUACACGCAGUUCAUACACCGUACUGGGGGUUUACUUGUCCAGAUCACAGAAGAUGGUCACUUCAUGGUGCUCGCAAAUCGCCUUGCACACAACCGUGCCAAAGAUAUGAGUAGGAUUAGACCACUCGAUCUCCAUGAACAUAAGAAGGUCACGACUGAUGGUAGUCAGAGUAGUAGACUACCGUCGACACCUGCCGUUGAGCGCGCCAACCCCCAUCGCAGUCCCUUCUCGAGUCCUUUGGCAAGACCUGUCCAGGAUUCUAGCCUGCUGCACACAGCAUUGGAGAAACAUGCUGCAGCCCAGCCGCCUCCAACAACACCAGCCAUGCAAACACCUGAGCAGGUCAAGGACGAACUGGAGGCCUUCUGUUCUGAUCCUGCCCUGCUUUCACAGUUCUACAACGAGGCGUUCAAGCAGACGCCAUCACCAUCCCCUCGUAUUCUCCCCGUACUUGACAACAACAUCCCGAGCCUGGGGCUACCACCAGCGAUCAGUAUUCGCGAGGCUAGCCCUGCGAACAGAGACUGGUCGCUGGGGUCUGGUAUCAUAGGGAGAGGUGCUGCGGUAGAACGAAUUGGCGGUAUAAGUGAGAUGGCACUUAGCGCCACUACCGGCAUUGCAGGAAGGAGACAGGGCGGUGAGGGGAGUAUGUCGACACUGGGGAAGAGAGGAAGCAUCGCUGAGUUCAGUGCAGCAGGAAGCUUGCCAAAGAGGCAGGAUAGUCAGGGGAAUGCCGGUGGUGGUGCAUGA